UUUUGAAAAAUAAUAUCUUCCAUUAUCCAGUUUAUUAUACCUUCAACUAAUGGCGUACCGAUUUUAACGUUGAUGUUUAUUGUUUUAUUAUCAUUUUUAAAGAAACCAAAUAUAGACAGUAAAACGCUGUUUAUGGCAGCUUUUAAUCAUCACGUCAAACGACGUCAAGAGACUAAACUUGACGCGAGGUAUCUUCGGCUAACGUAGAUCUGUAUCUGCCCUUGACAAGUAUUUGUUUCUUUUGUUUCUUGUAAUCUUAAGGUAUGCUAAUUACUAUUUUAUGCCCACACCUAUGCCAACCCUGUCAACAUAUCUAAACAGAAUCGUCAGGGGAACGCUGGCAUUAAAACAACCCGUCCAUCCAUAUAUAAGUGCAGCAUGUGUUCAGACACACUGUGAGCUGGCAGCCGCAAACAUGUGGGUUUUUGGUUACGGAUCUUUGAUUUGGAAAGUUGACUUUCCGUACGAGGAGAAACGAGUGGGUUUCGUCAAAGGUUUUAGUCGCAGGUUCUGGCAGGGAAGUACGGAUCAUCGUGGGGUGCCUGGAAAGCCUGGGCGAGUGGUGACAUUAAUAGAGGAUCCUGAGGGUUGCGUAUGGGGUGUUGCUUAUAAGCUGCCAUCAGGCCGAGAAAAGGAAGUGAAAGAGUAUCUCGACUACCGAGAGAAAGGCGGGUAUGGUGUGAUCACAGUUACGUUUCAUCCCAAAGAUGAAGAACACCAACCAAUGCAGGACACAUUGCUCUACAUUGGAUCCUGUAACAACCCAAAUUACCUUGGCCCAGCACCUUUGGAGACAAUUGCGCAACAGAUAGCGAAGUCCGUAGGCCCCAGUGGCAAGAAUACAGAUUACCUGUUUGAGCUCGCCGAUGCCCUCAGGCAGCUAGUUCCUGAAGACUUCGAUGAUCACCUGUUCUCUUUGGAGCGCCUUGUGAAGGAGCUGCAGGAACAGAAGGAGAUGGAGUGAUCUGCUGUAGUCUAUGUUGUCCUCAAUCUUCUGAAGAACUCAGGAAUUUAGUUUUUUGCUCAUUUAUCAACUAUAUUGACAGCUGAUGCAAACUAAAAGGGAUUACCUGGUAAAGCGUUAGAUAACCAUUACUUAUACUGUUCUGUUUUUUUAAAUAGGAUUAUUUACGACAGUUUCUUUACUGGACAUUUUGAUCUACACUUGAUUUUAUGAUGUGACAUUUCACAUUAUUCGUCUUGUGUUAAACAUUGAUACAUGAAUCAGGUACAUAAAUCGAUUUCAGUUUAAGUCGUUGCGUCCAUGAAAAGGCAAAUGAAGGAAUGUUAAUUUUCAGAGGUCGGUUUAUUUUACUGAGGAAACUUGAAUGUGAUACAAAGCCAUUUCUAUUUAUUUCUGAAGUUCUUACCUUACUUACCAUCCUUAACUUCAAAUAAGCCAUGGCAGGGUGAAUCUCAUGAACAUGUUCAUAUAUAUAAAUAAAUAAAAUGAACAAAAUGACAUUCUUGGGAUCAUUAAGAAUUAUUUUUGCAUUGUGUAACAUUUUAUAUAUAUAUUUUUCUGGUAUGUGUUGGUUCAAGGGUUCAUUAUGAUUAUUAUGUAAAUGCAAAAAGUUUUCCUUUAUUAAAAAUAAAACAAAACUAUUGGCCGGUUUCACAGACUUAAAGGGAUAGUUCACCCAAAAAUGAAAAUUCUGUUAUCAUUUACUCAUCUCAAGUUGUUUUCCUUACUAUGGUAAAUUAAGCCAAAAUUUCAUUUUUGGCUCAACUAUCCCUUUAAGACAGUUUUAACUGAAAGCAACUUGCACUGACAUAUUUGUAUGAUAUGAUAUUUGUAUAUGUCAGUGCCAUUGUUUUGUCUCAAGAUGCACACUAGUAAAGUUUUUUUUUCUAUGGCAUGUCAAUAAAAGCUACUUAAAUGUCCUACUUAAACUAAGGCCUGAUUCCUGGCUUAGUCCAAACCCAGUCUGUGAAACCAGGCUUAAAUGGUGAAAUAUUUUGGAAUAUUUUAAACAAUUUGUGAGAUUCACCCAAUUUAAUCACUUUAUUUAUUAAGGAUACAACUCUACCACAUGUCUGUUGUUGUACUGAUAACAUUGUGUGUACUGGAUCUUUAUUGAAUUCACUACAAUGUUUCAACUG